UUUGGUCAAAAUAUUUACUUUAGCCGCAAUUAGGGAUAGGUAGUUGGUUUUUCGUAUCCGGACGAGAAUAGUUUGGGGCUAUUUUUUGGCGGCAACAUGGAUUGGGACCAAGGCGCCGUAACUUCGUUGGCGGGCGGCGGACAGCCUGGCGCGCCAGGCACCGGUGGCGCCUCCACGGUGACAUCAUCCUACGACCUCACGCGUCGAUGCGUGAGUUUCCUCCGAGGGUUCCGUGAAGAAAACACGUUUGUGUACCGCGCUCAGUUGACGUCGCAUCUCCGUCGGUCGCACCUGGUGCUGGAAGUGGAGCUGCGCGACCUGACAUCAUACGAUGCCGAGUUGGGGGACAUGUUCUUGUCGAAACCUGCGCAAAUGCUUCCGCUUCUCGAGGCCGCCGCCGCGCAAGUCGCCAAGCAACAGCAGCAAUCUUUGCCGAUCCAGAUUGUGUUGAAGAGUGCAGCGAUGGAGAGCCUGCGACUCCGCGACGUGCAUGCCUCGCAGGUGAAUCGACUCGUGAAGGUUCCUGGUAUCGUCAUCAGCUCGUCGAAAGUACGCGCAAAGUGCAUGAGUAUCUCGGUCCAAUGCAAGAACUGCGGCCAUGUGAAGAACCUCCCUUGCCCCAGCGCUUUCCAGGUACCUGUCCCGCUUUUGCUUGUUCAUCAUGUCAUGCAUUGGAGUAGGGAGUGGCCGUCCCCCGCAACUGCGAUCGCCGCGCACAGAACGACGCGGAAGGCAGCAUGGGCGUGCUUCAGCAGGACUGUCCCAAGGACUCGUAUGUGAUCGUGCCGGACAAGUGCUCCUACGUCGACCAGCAGACGCUCAAGCUGCAGGAAAGCCCCGAAGUCGUGCCCACGGGGGAGAUGCCGCGCCAUUUGCUCUUGUCGUGCGACCGAUACUUGGUCGACAAAGCAUCCCCCGGCACUCGCGUCUCGAUUCUCGGGAUCUCGUCCGUGUUCAAUGCCAAGAAGCAAGUCGGCGCCGUGGCCAUCCGCACGCCGUACCUCCGCGUGGUGGGAAUCGAGAUCGACGAAGAAGGAGCUGGACGCGCCAAAGUCGUGUUCACACCGCGGGAAGAAGAGAUCUUUGCCGACAUGGCGCGGGAUCCCAACUUAUACGAGAAACUGUCUGCCUCGAUUGCACCCAGUAUCUAUGGGGACUACACCGUCAACAUCAAGAAAGCCAUCGCGUGUUUGCUCAUCGGGGGGAGUCGGAAACGUCUUCCAGAUGGCAUGAUUUUGCGCGGGGACAUAAACGUGUUGCUGUUGGGCGAUCCGUCCACGGCCAAGUCGCAAUUCCUAAAAUUCACAGAAAAAGUUGCUCCCGUGGGAGUAUACACGAGCGGGAAAGGCAGUUCCGCGGCCGGGUUGACGGCGUCCGUGAUCAAGGAUGCCAAGGGCGAGUUCUUCUUGGAAGGCGGCGCGAUGGUGCUGGCGGACGGCGGCGUCGUGUGCAUCGACGAGUUCGACAAAAUGCGCGAAAGCGACCGCGUGGCCAUCCAUGAAGCCAUGGAGCAGCAAACGAUCUCCAUUGCCAAGGCAGGCAUCACCACGAUUCUCAACUCGAGGGCGUCCGUGUUGGCGGCGGCAAACCCCGUGUUUGGCCGUUAUGAUGACAUGCGCAGUGCGUCUGAUAACAUCGAUCUCAUGAGCACGAUCCUCAGUCGAUUCGAUCUGAUCUUCAUCGUGCGAGACAUUCAGGACGAGACUCGCGAUCGCAAUAUGGCGGCGCACGUCGUUCGCGUCCAUACUAACCAGCUCAACCAACCGCAGCAAGAUACCCAGGGGGAGAUUGAACCAGCGCUCAUGAAGCGUUUCAUCACGUACUGCCGGCAGCGCAUUGCGCCGCGACUAUCGAUGGACGCGACCCAGGCAUUGCAGGACUUCUACGUGCAAGUUCGGGACACAGUGCGCCAGGAUGAGAAAGCGCGCGCGAUUCCCAUCACGGUGCGGCAGCUAGAGGCAUUGGUGCGCAUCUCGGAGAGUCUGGCCAAGAUGCAUCUCAAGAUUCAAGUGACUUCGGAGAACGUCCAAGAAGCCAUUCGGCUGUUCAAAGUAUCGACGAUGAAUGCAUCGCAGGAUGGCGGCACCCGCGGCCUCUUUGGGGCGUUCCAUGAGAAGGCCGCGGUCGUCGAGGAAGCUAUCCUCAAGAUGGUUCAUGUCGGCGUGCGCAUGGACACGACAGCGCUGUAUAUCAAGCUCGAAUCUCAGGGACACAAUCCGAACGCGAUCCAGCGAGCCAUUCGCGGCAUGGUGCAAAAGGGAUCGCUCAAGCAGACAAACCAGUACAAAUACGUGUUGCGUGCUAUGUAAUAACCCAACUCCCCUUUGAAAUAUAUAUAUAUAUUAUCAAGUCCAUUCGAAAUUUGAGUGGGGUGCU